AUGUCCUCCAGAGUCACUCGCUCAGCAGCGAGAGUUGCCGCAGAGUCUCCCCAGUCCAUUAGUCACGGUCCGUCGCCCUCGAACCUCGCCGCUGGUUCGGCCCAGCCUCGUUCCCGCAAGCGUAAGGCCCAUACUUGCCUUGAUUCGUCUUUGGAUAUCCCAACACAACCGAAAUCUUCUUCGCCGCCCAGGAGACAAAAGCGACAGCGACUCGGUGCUUCUCCCCAGACAGCUCCUGCCCCCGCCCCCGCUGUCACACGUCGUGGUAAUCGGAACCGUCCGGCAAUGUCACAACCAGGUCCGUCCUCACGACCUACGGAGGAAGCUCCGAAGAUCCCGUCCCCUCCAACAAACAGACGAAAGUCUAGCAAGCAUGCCAAGGUCUCGCAAGCAGAUCGACUUGCAACGACACAGUCUCCACCUCCGAAUCGACACAAGAAGCGCUCGGGCAGAACCAACCAGGAUCUUAUUAUGAAAGACGCCGAAGAGAAAAUAGAGAGCCCAGAGCAGGAAGAAGAUGACGAAGAGGACGAGGAUAUGGAUGACCACGAGUCUUCGCCGCCCAGCGACAGCAACGAUGGCACGAAUCCUUCUGCUUUCGAUGACGAUGACGGAGACCCGUUCGGCAGCGCCAUUUUCGGUUCUCGUGGUCCUUUGGGACUUCAAAGUACGCUCCGUGCGCUCAGUGGUAUGAUGUCGGGGAUGACCUCACGGCUGCGGGAAAUUCUCUGCAACUUACGAAUGAAAGAAGACCCCUCCAUCCAGUUGAUUGCUCUGCAGGAGCUAUCUGACCUCCUCCUUGUCUCCAACGAGGACAAUCUGGCCGGGGCCUUCGCUCCCGAUCCCUACGUCAAGGAACUCGUUGCAUUGAUGCAACCUAGUGACUUUGGCGAGGAGAACCCGGAGAUCAUGCUGCUUGCUUGCCGCUGCCUGGCGAACUUGAUGGAAGCCCUGCAGGGCUCAGUCGCCAAUGUGGUAUAUGGUGGUGCUGUGCCCAUUUUGUGUCAGAAACUCUUGGAUAUUCAAUUCAUCGAUUUGGCUGAGCAAGCUCUUAGUACUCUCUCCAAAAUUUCAGUCGACUUUCCUGGCUCCAUCGUGCGGGAAGGUGGUUUGACGGCCUGCCUGACCUACCUUGAUUUCUUCCCAACUAGCACACAACGUACGGCUGUGACCACCGCCGCAAACUGUUGCCGAAAUCUUCCUACAGAUUCAUUCCCAGUUGUCCGUGAUGUGAUGCCAACCCUUCUCAAUGUUCUUUCAAGCAAUGAUCCUAAGGUGGUUGAACAAGGGUGUCUCUGUGUGUCUCGGAUCGUGGAGAGCUUCAAGCAUAAGCCGGGAAAGUUAGAAGAGCUCAUUGAGCCCGCCAUGCUCAAAGCUGUACUUCGUCUUCUGUUGCCCGGAACCACCAAUUUAAUUGGACCACACAUCCAUACACAGUUCCUCCGGGUUCUCGCCAUCACCUGCAAGGUCAGCCCUCGUUUGUCUGCGGAGCUCCUCCGGAUGGACGUGGUCGACACGCUGUAUCAGAUCUUGACCGGUGUUUCACCCCCACAGUUAGACAAGUCGUCUGUGAGAAUGGACGGGGUUCUUGUCAUGCAGGCAUUGAUCCAUCGUCCUCGGGAACAAGUUUUUGAAACUCUUAAUGUCAUCUGCGAGCUUCUACCUGGAGUACCGGUCAGUCAAUCAAGCGAGGAAGAUGGCGUGUUGAGCACAUAUUUUGAAACCAACAUGACUCUCGGAUCCCACUCACCCAAGACGAAGGAAUCCGCCAAGAAGCGGCGAUCCUUGUUGAUGGAAUGCAAAGCCCAACUUAAACGUUUUGCUAUGAUUUUGCUUCCCACAUUGACUGACGCAUUUUCGAGCACGGUCAACUUGGGUGUCCGGCAGAAAGUUCUCGUUGCGCAGCUCAAAAUGCUCCACAACUUGGACGUUGCCUUGAUCGAAGACGCCCUACGCACCGUUCCCUAUGCAUCAUUCCUCGGAGCGAUUCUGUCACAGAAGGAUCAUCCGUCCUUGGUGUCGCUAGCACUACGAUGUGCUGAACUUCUGUUCCAGCGGUUGGAACAUGUCUAUCAAUAUCAGUUCCACCGCGAGGGUGUUAUCUCGGAAAUUGUCAAGUUAUCCGAGGAAUCUCUGUCCACUGAGCAAAAUAAGCAAUUGCAGGGGUCGCCAUCUACGAGCACGGUGGAUGAUGCUCGGUCGACAAGCGGAGAUGAAACUGCGGAUGAUAACCCCACAUCUGAUAUCGAGGGCCAAGAGGGGGAUGAGGACGAAGACGGUGAUGAAGACAAUGAAAAUGAUGACGAGGAUGACGACCAGGAUGGCUAUCAAGACGACGGCGACGUCUCAGUGUCAAACAGUUUGACCUUCGACACUAGGAUAUCUGUCAAAAUUGAUACUAUGCUGCAAGAUCUCGUCGUCCGUGAUGCCCGUGCCUUCGUUGAAAUGUACGAAGCUAGUGAAGGCAAGGACAUGCGGAAUAAGGCUCUAGAGAUCCUCGAUCAGUUACAGGCCCUCGCGGCAGACAUCAAGGCCUCCUACAAGGACACUGCUGGGGGCAGUAACGGUCUUCGGCUCUUCAAGAAGCUUGCGUCUUAUUUCGACGGAGACGCCCUGCAAAGUAUCACCAGCUCGGAAUUACUCAAUUCGGGCGUCAUUAAUGUCCUUCUGGACGUUUUUGGCGAUUUCCAAUCUCCACCAACGCGUGAGGCUCGUACCGCUUUCCUGCAAGCGUUCAUGGGAACGGCCAUCUCAGAAAAGGCGCAAAGCCAAAGCACCGCUACCACACCGUUUAGUGUACUGAUCAAUAAGUUACAAGACUUGCUCAGCCGGACUGAGCAUUUCGAGGUCAUGACGGUCAACCAAAAUUCGCUUGAGAACUCGCGAAGCAACGCCAUCCACAUGCUCGGAAAACAGAUUAGACUUAAGCUCGUCGCCGAUGAGGAUUCUGACAUCCCCCGCACCUACAAAAACAUCAUGGUGUCCAUUCACGCCAUUGCUACCUUCAAAUCUCUCGACGAUUUCCUUCAUCCGAGAAUCAGCCUGGCAGAUCGACCGCGUGCCUCUAAUGGUCGUGACACACUUUUGUCCCAGCUUGCUAAUGCUGCACGGCUUCGUGAACAACUCACUGGGAACAGUGAUAGGUCAAGCGGAAGUGGUAAUGAUUCUCCUCGUUCUUCAUCCGCGGCAGCUCAUCUGUCAUCGCGGCCUAAUGAGCUUAGUGGUAAUGAUCUUCCGUCUACUGAGGAACCUCAACGUGCAAAGCCCAGACGUUCUGGGCGACAUCAGCAAGCCCAUGGCAAGGAAGAAGAAGAAGAAGAAGAAGAAGAGGAAGAAAAAGAAGAAGAAGAAGAAGAAGCACAACACGAAGAGCCCCUCGAGUGUGCUGACGCGAGACAAGUGAGCGACGGAGAAGAGGAUGGGGACGAGGAUGGUGACGGUGCUGAUGCGCUGAAUGCUAUUGUCGAUGAUAUGGAUGAUGAUGAUGAUGAGCCUGAAAAUCACGGCCAUGAUCCAUCCGCUGUCAACAUGGAGGUGGCAUCUACAGGCAAGGUAACGGCUAGAAAAGAAGAUGGAACUCGUGUGUCCACUCCAUCUCAGUCUACUCCUGUGUCCAAGUCAUCGUCAUCUCGUCCUGCGCAGACGUCGUCUGCUAGUCAAUCACUAGCCAUGGCCGGUCGUCCAUCCUCUUACGCCGCUGCUAUUGCUUCCCCGUCCCAGGACUGGCACAUUGAGUUCAGCAUUGACGGAAAGCCGCUCUCAAACGAGACAACCAUUUACCGCGCUGUUCACCACGACCGUGAAAAUGUUGAUGUCAGCUCAAGGAAUGUUUGGUCGGCUAUUCACACGAUCAAGUUUAAGCGGGUGCCAGGGCCACCACCUCCAGAGCCGUCAACCGCUGCUUCGGGCUUGACCGAAUCUAUCGUGGCAGACAACGAAAUGCCUCGGUCACUCAACAAGAAUCCCACGACAGCCUCGAUCCUUCGACUACUCGGGUCUCUGCACGAAAUGAACGCCGCGCUGGAUGAUAUUCUGGCUGAGAUCAAGGAUACCAUGGCAAUCAAACCGGAGCCCUUGGCACAGUUUAUCAACACAAAGCUCACGGCCAAGCUGAACCGGCAACUAGAGGAACCUUUGAUCGUGGCGAGCAGCUGCCUUCCCAGCUGGAGCGAAGAUCUAGCUCGUCUAUUCCCGUUCCUGUUCCCGUUUGAGACACGGCAUCUCUUCCUUCAAUCAACUGCGUUUGGGUACUCGCGCGCGAUGUUGAGGUGGCAAAGCUCGCAUGGGGAUGACAAUCGUCAUGAUCGGCCAGAUGAUCGGCCAUUCCUGGGCCGACUUCAGCGACAGAAGGUGCGGAUCUCGCGGUCUCGGAUUCUCGAGUCUGCCAUGAAGGUCAUGGAGCUGUACGGCUCUUCGCCUAGUAUUCUCGAGAUUGAAUACUUUGAGGAAGUGGGCACUGGAUUGGGACCCACGUUGGAGUUCUACUCGACGAUCUCGAAGGAAUUUUCCAAGAAGAAGCUCAAGAUAUGGCGGGAGAAUGAUUGCAACCAUGGUGAUGGGUACGCCUUUGGUAAACGUGGACUGUUUCCUGCGCCCAUGAGUGAUGCGCAGGCAGCUCGGGAGUCUGGCAAGAAACAGCUGCAACUGUUUAAAAUUCUCGGUAAAUUCGUUGCCCGCUCGAUGCUCGAUUCCCGGAUCAUCGAUGUCUUCUUCAACCCGGCAUUCUUCCGAAUUGCCGACAGUUCAUCAUCGGUGACGCCAUCGCUUGGUACCGUGAAGGCUGUUGACCACGAUCUUGCCAAUUCUCUGAUGCUCUUGAAACGCUUCGCAGUCGCCAAGAAGGCUGUUGAGGAUAAGGGUCUAUCGGCAUCAGACAAGGCUCAAGCGCUGCAGCAAGUCGAGAUUGAUGGUGUCAAGGUGGAUGACCUGGGCUUGGAUUUCACCCUGCCCGGUUACCCAUCCAUCGACUUGAUCAAGGACGGAUCCAACACCUCGGUGACGAUUGAUAAUGUCGAUGUUUAUGUGGAUCGGGUUGUCGACAUGACGCUGGGCUCCGGUGUCCGUCUUCAAGUGGAAGCCUUCCGGGCAGGAUUCUCACAAGUAUUCGCCUACUCGUCGCUGAAGACCUUUACGCCAAGCGAGUUGGUGAUUUUGUUCGGCCAGUCAGAGGAGGACUGGUCUAUUGAGACUCUUAUGGAUUCGAUUAAGGCAGAUCAUGGUUUCAACAUGGACAGCCGGAGUGUACGGAACCUGCUGCAAACGAUGAGCGAGUUCGAUUUGCAGCAACGACGGGACUUUUUGCAGUUUGUCACUGGAAGUCCAAAACUUCCGAUUGGCGGCUUCAAGAGUUUAACACCGAUUUUCACGGUUGUCUGCCGUCCCAGCGAGCACCCAUACACGCCUGACGACUAUCUUCCCAGCGUCAUGACCUGUGUUAACUACCUCAAGCUACCCGAUUACAGCAGUCUGGAUGUCCUUCGGGAGCGACUUUCAGUUGCGAUCAAGGAAGGACAAGGUGCAUUCCAUCUUUCUUGA